UGGCACUGCCAGGAUCGGUACUCCACGUCUCUCUCUCUGCGGCCUGACACCCACCAGUGCCCACAACACAAGUGUGGCAUCCCCGCUAAACAUCGCCACGAGCAGCUAGACCGUACUGAGUGCCCAGGUCGGUAUGGGCACGACAUCUUAGCCUGGUCAUGGUAGUCAUGACCCCCGUGCACCGAGCCCAGACCAGAGCGUGAUGAAAGCGUAAUUGCAGCUGCACCUUGAAGUCAUCCGAAUGACACUUGUUUUUAAAAAGCUAACAGAGUCUGGAUGAGGACUGGUGGGAGAGGGAAUGCGAGUGAAGUGACUAGCAUACAUGAAGUGAUGUUACUGGCAUCAGUUGUUAUAGGUGGCAGCAACAGCAUCAGUGUGGUGCCACAGCUGAGUGUACUGGUGGACGUGUAGUGCCACAGCUGAGUGUACUAGUGGACGCGUAGUGACAGAACAUUGUGGUGGCCGUCCAUGAAAACGCCAACGCGUCGCCCACUCUCACAUCCUCAGUAACAGCUGUGGUAGCGAGGAUGAAUGUGACACCACAGGAGAGCUGGAACCAUACUGUCAACAACAGUACCAAUAGCACUGCUUAUGAUUAUGGCUUGCCAGUUGUGGUGCCACUCUCCUUCUUCCUGGUGGUAUCAAUGGUGCUGGCAUUCGUAGGCAACGUUAUGGUGAUCCUUACCAUUGUUAGACACAGGGGCAUGCGCACCAGGACCAACCUGCUACUGGCUAACCUUGCCGUGGCAGACAUAUUGGUUGCAGUGCUAGACAUGCCCAUCGCUCUCAUCACCAUCAUCAAAGGAGACUGGAUCUUCUCGACAAGCUUCUGCUACUUCAACGGCUUCACCGUGGGUCUGGGCCUUAUGCUGUCCGUGCACACUCUUGUCUGUAUCAGCAUCCACAAGUUCAUCUCCAUCACCCGGCCAUUUUCUACUUGCAUGACUCCUCGCAAGAUUGUGAUGAUGAUUGUUGCAGCGUGGGUCUGGACCAUCCUGUUCAACCUUACCCCGACUCCUCUCAUAGGAUUGACUAAUACAACCUACAAGAAAGGAGCAUCACAGUGUGGGCCUCUUCCUCCCAAACAGCCGAAGCAGUUUGUACACUCUGCUAUCAAUACAGCAUGUAAUUUGGUUAUUCCCAUGAUAGUCAUGUGCUAUUGUUACUACCGGAUCUUCAAGGAAGUCAAAGAUCAUCUUAGUAGGAUGAGAGACUUUGCUGAUGCAAGUGUGCGCAACUCUAUCAUACAACAGAAGCGUAUCACAGAGACACUCUGCAUUGUGCUGUCCAUAUUUGUCUUAUUUUGGACGCCAUACAUUGUGUAUUCUCUCUCUGUUGUCUUCUUAGGUAUAGAAAGGGUUCGAGAAAUAUUCAACCCAAUAGUAUACUUAUUUGGUUACAUGAACUCAGCUUGUAACCCCAUUAUCUAUGCUCUCCGCUCGCCCUCCUUUCGCCGAGGUUUCAGUGAGAUCAUCUGCAGGGAUGAGGGAGCUAUGUCAGGUAGAAUACAGUACAAGCCAGUUCCAACUAACAGAUACUUUGGUGGUGUGAUGAUGUCUUUCAGGCGAUCAUUAUGGAGAAGUUAUAAACGUGAUGAAAAGCUUCAUGGUACAAAGACAAAAGAAUGCCAGCAAUCUAGAAAAUACAAGCCGCAGAAGACUGGUGUUACACCAGAAAAAUCGGAAGAAAAAAAGAUUAGUGUUAUCCCUAAUCCAGUGGGGCUGCAGCAAGGUAUUUCCAAGAGUUGCAUUAGUAAGGAACAAGAGCAGAUCAUAAAUUGUAGUCUUGGUUGUGAGAAUAUACAAUAUAACUCUGUUACUCUUAGAGAGUUGGACUGUGAUCCACCUAUUGCUGAUAAUAUUGUUAGUAAUGAACAGAGAGAGAGACAUCCAACAAAUGUUGCUCAUGACAGUAGUGUGGAUCUUGAGUCUAAUCAUGACAAUUUAAAUGAAGCAGAAAGAGACACUAAUAAUGAAAAAGUGCUAAAUUUAGAAGUCACUGGACUUCCUGUGCAAAGUUCUUCUGUGAACCUUCUCAUCACUAAUAAAUCCGAUACAAGCUGCAAUAGACAGAGACGUGCCAGUGUUACUGCACCAGAAUGCCAACAAGUUGUGGACACUUGCACCCCCAGUUCUUCCCAUCAUAAUUUCACAGCAUUAUUACCAAGUUCUGGCCUGAAGUCUUCAGAUAGACGACUAAGUAAAAGUCAUUGGGAUGUAAUUUUUAUCCCUACAGACAUGAGAGAUAUAAAGUCAGCUUCUGCUGGGGAUGUCAGAUCACAUCAACCCAUCCACAUGCUAGAGAAAAGACUGUGUUCAUCAGUAAAUCCUCUUCAACAUUCAAAAGUAAAGAAUGCCCAGUGGCCACUUGUGUGGCAGCCCAGUGUGGAUAAUUUGUCUGGAUCCCCACUUGUAUCUAAAAAAAGGCAAAUUUUCCAUGUAAGAAUUACAAGGGAAAAGCCAAAAUUUGAUGAACAAAGUGAUCAAGGUAACACUGAAUUUCAUGCAAAACCCAGGGUAGGUAGUUUGGGAAAUGGUGCACACUUGAGACUUGCAGCUCUUAUUAAUAAUGUUAAGAGAUCAUUUUCUGAUCUGUUUAAUCUAGAAGAAAGCUAUAAUCUUCCAAAUGACCCAAGCAUUGAAAACACAUGCAUAAAUGAUAGUGUUGAGCUGAAUGCAUUUAUUGGUAGUUUAAAUAAUUAAUUCUGUAAAAGUUAAUGCUGUACAAAUCUUAGAAUUUCAUAAUGAGGGAAAGUAGAUUUUAAUGAAGAUUAGUUCAUGUAUAUUUGUGGUCUUCUUGGAAAAUCUCUGUUAAGUUGUAAAACCAUACAAAUAUGAAAAUUGCCAUAUUAUGGAAUUACAUGUAUAUUACAAUAAAUAAAGUUUUAAAAUUA